ACUUUCCCCCACUUGUCGCCGCAAAUACACGCAGAUCCCACUGGAGCUCCAGCGAAGAAAGGUAAAAAAAGAAAGCGAAGGAAAUUCCGAUUGAUCUCCGGCAAUGGCCUUCACCAACAACGGACAGGAAGACGGGAACCAAGCCGGAAGGCACCAGGAAGUCGGCCACAAGAGCCUCUUGCAGAGCGAUGCUCUGUAUCAGUACAUUCUGGAGACCAGCGUUUAUCCGAGGGAGCCGGAAUCGAUGAAGGAGUUGCGAGAAUUGACGGCCAAACAUCCGUGGAACAUCAUGACGACGUCGGCAGACGAAGGACAGUUCUUAAACAUGCUUUUGAAGUUAAUCAACGCGAAGAAAACGAUGGAGAUCGGAGUUUACACUGGAUACUCGCUUCUUGCUACAGCCCUAGCUCUUCCCGAAGACGGACAGAUUCUGGCUAUGGAUAUUAAUAGAGAAAAUUACGAGCUCGGUUUGCCGGUUAUUGAGAAAGCCGGCGUCGCCCACAAGAUCGAGUUCAAGGAAGGCCCUGCUCUCCCUGUUCUUGACGAGAUGGUAGCAGAUGGGAAGAAUCAUGGAAGCUACGACUUCAUAUUCGUGGACGCUGAUAAGGACAACUACAUAAACUACCACAAGAGGCUGAUCGAUCUGGUGAAAGUUGGAGGAGUGAUCGGGUACGACAACACCCUAUGGAACGGUUCGGUGGUCGCCCCACCCGACGCGCCCAUGCGUAAGUACGUGAGGUAUUACAGGGACUUCGUUUUGGAGCUCAACAAGGCCCUCGCUGCUGACCCUAGGAUCGAGCUCUGCAUGCUCCCCGUCGGCGAUGGCAUCACUCUCUGCCGUCGGAUCAACUGAACCACACCCAAUCUUCCCUGCACUCCCACCCACACGAUUGCUCCUUGUUUCAUUUUUUUUCUUCCAAUUUCAGUUUCCUCUCCGAGUUUCCAUAUCCAACAUUUUUAUCGAUUAUUAUAUUUGAAGCAUUAACUUCGAUUGCGUAUAAUCAGCAAAAUAAACAAUAUAUAUAAUUUUAGUUCCUAAA